CCCCCCCGUUUCUUGUAGACAUCACAUUCACCUUUCCUCUCUGCGUUUCUUAUCUCCUCGUCGAUCCCUCGUUCCACCCUGAACCUCCUCGAAACGAACAUGCAGUUUUCCACCCUUUCCUUCGUUCUUCUUGCUUCUAUUGCUUCCAGUGCAACACUCGUGAACGCUGCUGCCUGGGUUGCUGGAUAUCAAUCGUCUGGAUAUACAGGAUGGAAUUUACGUCAGUAUACCCACUUAUACGAAGGCAAUCCACGCGAAAUCGCAUAUAUCGUCGGAAGUGACGAGAACACUCUUCCCGGUGCGGUGUGCGGGGCAUGGACGGAGUGGAAUAUUAUUGGAAAUUCUAAUCCAGGUCAGUUAUCAUGUCUUUUCCUCUUGUGUAUGCGUUUGAAUCAUUAAUCGGUAUUCUGUAUAGGCCAAUAUGAAUUCAACUGUGUUGCCACUGUUGACGAGAUCAACAACAACGCACGUAACAAUGGAUUCUAUGUCGGAGGGUUGAACCAUGCAGGAGUGACCAUUGCAUUAUGCCAUAUUGAGUAUUCCGGAUCUGAGCUUUGCG